GAGGAGCAGGAGGAGGAGGAGCAGGAGCAGAGUAGUGAAUUCAGUCAGAGCUCAGAUGGUGUUUUUUCCUCCCGCUGAGGAGAAUCUGACGGCAUGACGGCGACUUCCUGAGAGACAUAGAGAGAGAGAGAGAGAGAGACAUCCUACCCUCAGUUUCCACGGUGACGGCAUCCUUCUACCCUCCUCGUCCUCCUCCUCCUCCUCCUCCUCCUCCUCCUCCUCCUCCUGCUCCUCCAUCAUCAUCUCUCCGUCCGGCUGCUGUCGGCUCGUCGGCGUCGUCAGGAUGGGAGAUAAAGGAACCAGAGUUUUUAAGAAAGCCAGUCCCAAUGGAAAGCUCACCGUCUAUCUGGGAAAGAGAGACUUUGUGGACCACGUGGACCUGGUGGAGCCUGUCGACGGUGUUGUCCUGAUCGACCCGGAGUACCUGAAGGAGAGGAAAGUGUUCGUGACUCUGACCUGUGCGUUCCGUUAUGGUCGUGAGGACCUGGAUGUCCUUGGGUUGACAUUUCGGAAAGACUUGUUUGUGGCGAACGUCCAGGCGUUUCCUCCACUGCCCGAAGAGAAGAAGAGCCUGACUCGUCUUCAGGAGCGCCUGAUUAAAAAACUGGGAGAACACGCCCACCCGUUCACCUUUGAGAUUCCUCUGAACCUGCCAUGCUCUGUCACCCUGCAGCCGGGCCCCGAGGACACUGGGAAGGCCUGUGGAGUCGACUUCGAGGUGAAAGCUUUUUGCGCAGAAAAUGUUGAAGAAAAGAUCCACAAAAGGAACUCGGUGCGUCUGGUGAUCCGUAAGGUUCAGUACGCUCCAGAGAAACCUGGUCCUCAGCCGACUGCAGAGACCACCAGACAGUUCCUGAUGUCAGACAAACCUCUGCACCUGGAGGCCUCUCUGGACAAAGAGAUUUAUUACCACGGCGAACCGAUCAGCGUCAACGUCCACGUCACCAACAACACCAACAAGACUGUGAAGAAGAUGAAGAUCUCAGUGCGACAGUAUGCUGACAUCUGCCUGUUCAACACGGCUCAGUACAAAUGUCCGGUGGCCACCGAGGAGUCAGAUGACGUCGUUGCUCCCAGUUCGACUUUCUGCAAAGUUUUCACUCUCACGCCGUUUCUAGCCAACAACCGCGAGAAACGAGGCCUCGCUCUGGACGGGAAACUGAAGCACGAGGACACGAACCUGGCCUCCAGCACACUGUUAAGAGAAGGAGCCAAUAAGGAGAUCCUCGGCAUCAUCGUGUCGUACAAAGUCAAAGUGAAGCUGGUGGUGUCUCGAGGCGGGCUCCUGGGAGAUCUGGCGGCGAGCGACGUCUCUGUCGAGCUGCCUUUCACAUUAAUGCACCCGAAGCCGCUGGAAGAAUCCAUCUACAGAGACGCUCCUGAUGAAGCUCCGAUCGACACAAACCUGAUUGAGUUUGACACAAACGACGACGACAUCAUUUUCGAAGACUUUGCCCGCCAGCGGCUGAUUGGGGCGAAGGAUGACAAAGAGGAAGAGGAGGAGCCGGUGGACUCACCCAAACUGGAUGACAGAUAAAGGCUCGGAGUGCCGCCGCCACCACCGCUGCUGUUGUUGUCUCGCUGCUGUUCGUAGUGUGGAGCUGACAGAGGUCACCUUUAGGUCAAACCACAGUCUGGACACCUUCAAACACUCGGUGGUGCCGUGUUUGUGUUCUCGUUCAUGUUCGUCCUCUCUGCGUCCUGCUGGGGUGUAAAAAGCUAGAAUACCACAGCUUAGACGUCGGUCGUGUUUUCAGACGGAGCAGCUCUCCACUCCUUCGCCAGCUGGCCGGAGACCUGGACGGCAGCGUUGUAUCGACGGCUGGUAGCAUGCCUCUAAUGUCACUUAGUUGUACGUGUUUCCAUUAGGAACGAACAGGAAUACCGUUGUGUUGAGAUUAGUUUCGAUGUGUCGUAUCAGAGGGUCUUCAUAAACAACAACAACACUGCCAACUCGGGUCGAUCCGGACACUUCACCGCUCGGCGUGGACAUCAGCUGACGGAGGUCUUUGUUCACAGGCGGUCUGCACGCAGACAAAGCUGCAGGACGUCCUGACAGAGAGCGCCACCAAUCAGCUGAGAGGAACCGGUGGCCUCGUUUGCAUGAAAUACAUCAGUACUUUAUAUGAUUUAUUAAUAUCAUGAAUAAUCAACCUUUGUAGAGGACGGCCCGGAUUUUAACCUGUUUGUUUACAUGUUGAUGUUUUUUUUAAAAUCUUCAUCAGUGUUUAUCGUUCUUCCUUCACCUGCUGGUUCCACCUCAUCUCACAUAAAAUCAACUUUCAGAGACGACAGACUUUUCUAACAGUCACCAGAUAAAUCAUCUGACCCGUUCUCAUCCCAACUCUUCAAAUAUGGCCGCUUUGUCAGUGGAGCUAAAUGUCAAUAUACAACACUCUGGGUCCCUCCUGCGUCGUAUUCACAUGUUCAUAUACAGUCAGGUUCAGAAAAAAACAUCAUGGUUUGGCUUCAAAUACAUCAAUCAAUCAAUUUUAUUUAUAAAGCCCAAUAUCA